AUGGAAAAGGUGAGUUUGAAAACUAAACGUGACUCCGAAGACAAUCAGCAGAAGAAAAGAUCCAGCCAAAAAAAUGAGCAAGUAGAUGACUCAGAAAAAGAUCCCAUUGUUAUACUGAGGCGUUUAAGACAGAAGAUAGACGCAAUCCGCGUUCUCGAUCCUUACUAUCAAACUAAACUAACUCAAAAUGAACUCGAUCGUUUCAUGCAAAGUCGUGAUGCCUUGCAGAAGGAGAUCACGGAGAGGGAGAAAUACAGAAACACCGGAGACAAGUCGCAGCACGACAAAUUGAUGACUCGUGAAAAACAGAGAAGAAAAAAAGAAUGUUCGAGGAAGUUUGCUAAAAACAAUGGCGAUGAUGAUGAUUACGAACAUCCAUCCGGUAUGUCGUUUGCUCAGUUUAGGACGCUGCUAACCAACUGCUCCACAAAUCCCAUGGAAGCCAUAACACAAUGA